CCCUGCCAGCCCAAGGCACCUGAGCCCUGCCAGCCCAAGGCACCUGAGCCCUGCCAGUCCAAGAUGCCUGAGCCUUGCCAGCCCAAGGCACCUGAGCCCUGUCAACCCAAGGCACCUGAGCCCUGCCAGCUCAAGGCACCUGAACCCUGCCAGCCCAAGGCACCUGAACCCUGCCAGCCCAAGAAGCCUGAGCCCUGCCAGCCCAAGGCACCUGAGCCCUGCCAGCCCAAGGCUCCUGAACCCUGCCAGCCCAAGAAGCCUGAGCCCUGCCAGCCCAAGGCGCCUGAGCCCUGCCAGUCCAAGAAGCCUGAGCCCUGCCAACCCAAGGCACCUGAACCCUGCCAGUCCAAGAUGCCUGAGCCCUGCCAGUCCAAGAUGCCUGAGCCCUGCCAACCCAAGGCACCUGAACCCUGCCAGCCCAAGAUGCCUGAGCCCUGCCAGCCCAAGGCACCUGAGCCCUGCCCCUCAACUGUCACUCCAGUACCAGCUCAGCAGAAGACCACACAGAAGUAAUGGCCCACAGCCAGGCACUGGAGCUGAUCACUGGAUACUGAGCCCCUUCCCAUUGUGUAUGUGGAUCCCAGUUGCCUCACAGCAGUCUGCUGCCACCCUUAGUCACAAUCUCUCUCAUUUGUACCCUAAAAACAUGAGCUAUGAAGCUUUC